AUGGAUCGUCAUUGGAUAAAUAUACCAAAUAAACUUUCAACAGAAUAUGCUGCUGGAAUGAAUGAAUUCAUUAGUGUUGCAAGACACUCCAUGGACUCCAAUGGGAUGGUUCUAUGCCCUUGUUGUCGAUGCGUGAAUAAGAAAUCACAAUACAUGCAUGUGAUAAAGUUGCACUUGAUCACUCAUGGAUUUCUUAGUACUUACACAAGGUGGUAUCACCAUGGUGAGCAAGUAGAGGAAGUAGAAGAUGAUGGAUUAUUUGAUACCGAGGAUAAUGUCGAAGAUUCGGAUCAGAGUGAUGAUUUGGCGGCAGGUCUUCAUGAUGCUAUUGGUAGUAAGUAUUUUGACAUUGGUCCAACUAGUGACUUCAAUGAUGAAUCUCCACUUAAUGUGGAUGACAAGUAUGAUGCAUUGUUUGAGUCACUUCAUAAGCCUUUGUACAAUAAUUGUAAAGGUUUCUCUGUCUUAAGCGCAACGGUGAAGUUGAUGAAUCUCAAAGUGCUUAACAAAUGGACAGAUAAAUCAUUUGACAGUCUUUUGGAGUGUUUGAGAGAGAUAUUGCCCGAGGGUAAUCAGUGCCCAGGGAAUUAUUACCAGACGAGGAAGCUUCUUUGUGAGGUGGGCUUAGGCUAUGAGCAAAUUGAUGUUUGUCAAUACGAUUGUGCAUUGUUUUAUGGUGAGAAUGCAAAUGCAGUGUCAUGUCCUGUAUGCAAGUCUAGUCGUUAUGUACGAAAUCAAAUCCCACAUAAACGACUUAGAUGGUUCCCAAUCAAGGCACGACUUAAGAGAAUGUUUAGUUCGAAGCACACUUCUAAAGAUAUGCGAUGGCAUAAAGAGGUACGGAAAAAUGAAGCCGGGAUUUUACGUCAUCCUGCUGAUAGGGAUGCUUGGAAGCAUUUCGACAAUGUGUAUCCUGACUUUGCAGCUGAUCCUAGGAGUGUACGACUGGGGUUGGCGUCAGAAGGGUUUAACCCUUUCUCUAAUAUGACAUCAACCUAUAGUUUGUGGCCAGUGAUAUUAAUUCCGUACAAUAUGCCACCUUGGGCUUCUCCUAAUGGAACAAACUAUCUCAUGUCUUUGUUAAUUCCAGGCCCUAAAUCUCCUGGAAAAGAUUAUGAUGUGUUCUUGAUGCCAUUAAUUGAAGAGCUUAAAGAGUUAUGGGAUGGAGUCAAUGCAUAUGAUUUGUAUGGUCAAUGCAUGUUUAAACUUCGAGCUGCAGUCUUGUGGACAAUUAGUGAUUUUCCUGCUUAUGCAUACUUGUCUGGGUGGAGCACUGCUGGUAAAUUAGCAUGUCAUGUUUGUCUUGAAGAUACAAGAUCUAGAAGAAUAACUGACAAACAAUGUUUUAUGGGACAUCGAUGUUAUUUGAAAAGAAACCAUGCUUGGAGAAAAAGUAAAGAAUAUGAUGGAUCUACUGAAUUACGUGGCCCUCCUAGAACUUUUACUGGUGACGACAUUUUAAAGCAAUUGGAUGAAAUUCCUAUUCAUACCCCUGGUAAAGCACCAAGUAAUUCUUCUAGAAAACGUAAGCGUGGAGAGAAAGAGCUGAAUUGGUGUAAAAGAAGUGUUUUGUUUGAAUUGCCAUACUGGUCAAAGCUCUUGCUGCGUCACAAUCUUGAUGUGAUGUAUAUAGAGAAAAAUGUAUGUGAUAACAUUAUUGGAACACUUUUAGACAUUGAAGGCAAAUCGAAAGACACUUUAAAAGCUCGUAAGGAUUUACAAAAUCUUAAUAUUCGUGAAGAGCUUUGGCUAAAGAAGGACCUAUCUAAUAACAAGCUUGAAAAACCUUAUGCUAGUUACACUUUGACGAGAGAAGAAUGCAAAGAUUUUUGUAAAUUCAUUCAAAGUGUUAGAUUACCGGAUGGAUAUGCUUCGAAUAUUAGUCGAUGUGUAACAGAUAAUGACAAACUAGGAGGAAUGAAAACUCAUGAUUGUCAUGUUUUACUUCAUAAGAUAUUACCGGCUGCAUUACUUCCUUUUCUGACAGAAAACAUUCGUGGUACUUUGAUUGAACUCUGCCAAUUCUUUCAAAAAAUUUGUGCAAAAACAUUACAAAUCUCUGACAUAGAAGAAUUGAGAGAUGGAAUUGUAAUAAUUUUGUGCAAGUUGGAAAAGAUAUUUCCCCCAUCAUUUUUUACCAUAAUGGUUCAUCUUUGUGUUCACCUACCCGAUCAAGUGUUAUUAGGUGGUCCAGUUGCUUCGAGAUGGAUGUUUGGGACAGAGCGCCAUAUGGGUUUGUACAAGAAAUAUGUGAGAAACAUGUCUCGGCCUGAUGGUUCAAUAGCAGAAGCUUUUGUUGUAGAUGAAGCUGUAACUUUCUUGUCAAGAUAUGUUUCUAACAUAGAGACAAGAUUCACAAGACCCGAGCGUAAUUGGGAUAUACCUUCUCCAAAUCAUAACUUAGAUGUUUUCAACUCCAAUGUUCGUCCAUUAGGGGCAUCUACUAUCAAAUUGCUUCAAAAUUGGAGACAAGUCGUUCAAUGGUAUAUAUUGAACAAUUAUGUAGAUGAUAUCCAACAUUUUAUCGAUGAUCAUAUAAAAUUGUUGGAAGAAAAAGGUCUUUCAGAUUCAGAAGUUGCCUUAGAGCACAAAGAACAAUUUCCUUCUUGGUUUAAGAAUAAAGUGUCUCAAAUGCGAGUUCAAAAAUCACCUCUUGCCAAUGAUGAUUUGUACUCUUUAUCUCAAGGUCCACUUGAACGGUACAACACCUACCAAAGUUGUAUUGUAAAUGGUGUUCGAUUUCGAUGUAAAGAGCGUGACAAUACUCUUAAGACACAGUGUUCUGGAAUUUGCACUGAAGGUGAUCAUGACAAUAUUAAUAUCCUAUACUAUAGUGUCUUGAUUGAGAUUUUGCAGUUGUCAUUCGUUUUAGAUCGGAAGGUGUUCUUAUUUCGUUGCAAGUGGUAUAACUCUAAUCCAAAAGGUAGAUCAAUUGUUGUGGAUCAUAAUUUGACUUCCAUCAAUACAUCUACUGAUUGGUAUUCUAAUGAACCAUUUAUCUUGGCAACUCAAGCACAACAAGUUUUCUAUUUGCUUGAUAUGAAGCGUGGUUCAAAUUGGCGGAUUGUUCAAAAAGUAAAUCAUCGAUCUAUUUGUGACAUUCCUGAAAUUAUGGAAGAGACAGUAAAUAAUGAUGUGUUUCAAGAAGAAGAAUCAUUUCAAUUGCCACAUUUUCAACCAACUGAGGAUUUCAUUGAAAGUUCGUCUUUAGUUCGAUUAGAUGUUCCUUCUGUAACUCUUUCAGACCAACUUGUUGUUGAUUUACUUUUAAACCAAAAUCAAAAUUUUGACAAGGAUAGUGACUUAGAUGAAGAUUUUGAUGAAGAAAAUAUAUUCUCUAAUAAUGAAACAUUUCUCUCAAGUGAUGACACAAAAAGUUAUACAGAAUCAGAAUGUGAUGAUGAUGCAGAUUCUUAA